AUGAUGAAUAGUAUAUUGGAUCAAUCUCCCGUGAUGGCCUACGUGACCGGGCACCAGCCGACGUUUAACGAGAAGCUGAUAUCAGAGGUCCGCAAAAACCCGUCCCUCUACAACCAGACCAAGCGCAGCUUCACCGACACGAUGGAGCGGAUGAAGAUCUGGGAUCACAUAGCCGCCGCCAUCGACCCGAAGGUCUCCGGGGAAUUCGCGAAGAAGCGAUGGUUACAGCUGAGGGAUCGGUACCGGAAAGAGCUGAAGACAGCCAUCCGCCACAACUUCAGCGUUCCACAUCGAUGGUGCUAUUUUUCCCACCUCUCCUGGCUCGACCCGUAUCUCAAGGACAAUUUAGCACUCGCCACAACCCAAACUCGCCGGGACCGCGCCGACAAAAGCGGACUUGAGGGCUUCUUCGGCGACUUCGACGACGGUUUCGACGAGCCACCGUUUGAUGAAGAAGCGUCCCGCGGGAGUCGCACACCGAUGAGCCUCGAGCAGAUUCUGGCGGCCACGUCACAACAUGGAGACUACGACGACGCGAAUCCAUCUCAUUCUGGGGAUUCGUCACCACAGCCGGAGCCCGAUGUAAAGCCAUCAACGGUGAAAAAAGAAAAUGAAAGUGAAACGAAACAGUCUGUCGACAAUCUGCCAAGCUUUCGACCGACACCCGAAGAAAAUGCGGCCCUUCCCACAAUUACAUGGCAAUUGACACAGAACCACCCCUCUGUGCGAGAUUGGAUAGACGACGAGGACAUGCUAUUCGCCAGGAUUGUCGGGCUGAAGCUGCGGAAAAUGUCGGAAAAACAGAAAAAGCGGACAAAAGCCGACAUUCUAACGCUCUUGGAAGAUUCAGACGUCGAAGAUUUGGAAAUCUGUGCAAAGCGACCAAAACGGGAUUUCGAA